AUGGCUACAUUCCUAUCCGAGGCCACCCGCGACUUCGAUGCCCCAAUUGGGCGAGUCUGGGCCAUUGUGGCAGCGUACGGAUCCGAGGCACUCUGGAUGCCAAACGUCGCGAAAGCAACACUUGAUGGAUUCGGGGUUGGUUCAACCCGUUCUCUCUACAUCCAAAACGGACCAGAUGGAGGGGAAUCCUGGGACAAUGAACCCGUUCGGGAGCUCCUUGUCGCAGCUAGCGGCGACGACCACUCCUUGCGUUGGCAGGUCUUCAAUGAUUACAUCGGGAAUAAUGAGUCUUACUCUGGCGUAAGGCUGGAGUCGAUCAGUGAGGAGAGGACAAGGAUGACCUGGUAUGGGGAGACGGACCUCCCAGAUGGACCGGACAGACAGAAUUUGGGGGCCUUCCUCGAGGGCAUGUAUCGUGGAUGUAUGGAAGCGAUCGCUAAGAAGGUGGAGGCAUAA